CGGUAGAGGUUGCAGACGCAGUGAGCAACCGUGACGGGGUGUGCUCGAGUCCUCGGUCAAGCCGCCGGUGUGGAUGUCUCACUCGUGCACUGGUCACACUUAAAUGGCUUAAACCAAUCCGGGCUAUUUCCAACCGUGGAGAUUUCUUGUGAGCACGAGCUGGAAAUGAAGUUUCUUGGCUUUCUCGCGCUAGUGCUGUGCCGCUCGUCUCGGGCUUUUCCUGUUCCAGUGGAUACUGUCAUAGUUCAGGCCCAGCAGUGGGGAGUGGUGGGUGCUCAGAGCGUUGAGGAACAAGUUCUUCUCAAUGGAGUCUCUCUCUCUGGCACAAGCCAUGAAUUCAACAAUAUAAAGGAAACCAUUUCGACUGAUCCCCUCCUCCUGGAUCUCAUCAGUGUCAACCAGACUUCAGUGCUCAGGAACCACACUGUUCUGCGCUCUCGUGAAUGCAUACUGGAGGGGUCUGAGCUGCACUGGACGGACCGUGUGUUCUUUGAUGGGAAGGUCUGUCUCACUCUGGACCACACCGACACGUGGAAGGCACAUGCACCAGAAGCGCUGGCCAUCAAAAUGUUGUGGGACCAGGAAGAGCAGCACACGAGGGAAGAGAGGAUCCGCCUUCAGAGUGGAUGCAUCAAGCUCAUGAGGGAGCUGAAGCUUUCGGGGGAACAGUCAGGUGCAGGGAUUCCCUUGCCUCAGGUUCUGAUCCCGAUCAUGGCACUCCUUGCAUUUACCGGCUUUAUCCUAAUAAGCCUCCUCCUCUCCAAAAACGGGGGUUUGAGGCACCCUGGAGGGGUUAUCGGCUCACUCAUACAUUACCCCAAGGACAUGACUGAAAUGGAUCCAGAGGAAAAAGGCAAUGGUUACCAUACCUUGUGAUUCAAAGCUCCAGCUAAAUGUCAGACUUGGGUUUGAGCUCUCUCCGCUGUGUCCGCUGUUGAAUGUCCACUUCCUGAUUUACCAUUAAAUAUGUUUCUUCUGUCUGUGAUGACUGUAAACAUACCUUUGCUAUACUGAACCAACAUUGUGUAACGAACCAGUCUACAUUUCAGACCACAUUAGUAUAUGCACUUUAUCAUGCAUGUAUUACACUUUACACUGGUGAUUUUAAAACCUUUUAGCUUACAAAUGAAUGUAUUUACCCACACACACAGAAUGUAGGUAUGUUCACUGUCUGCAACAAUGUACAAGCUUCUAUUUGCACAGUUAAUAAGGGCCGAAGUUUGAGAUAUUAAAAUAUGCGGAAAUAUACAUGGGUAGGAUUCUGUUUGAAGCCUGCACAGUAUUUAAUGAAAGUUACGACAAAGAAUGUAUCAGAAUUAGAAAUACUUUAUUAAUCUCCGGAGGGAAAUUCAAACGUCACAAUGUUACUGAGCAAGCGAUGUAGUAAAUAGUCAUAGUGUGUACAUAAAGCUCUGCUCAAAUCAAAAAUGCAGCCUUGCCCUGAGAUUAAUAAUAGUGAAACUCUGCCAAACACUGGAUGGACUGUAGUUUUCCAAAGAGGCUGACUGUGCCGAGGUGUUGUUUUUCUAAAAAACGUCCUAAUUGUUAUUUGUCUUUGUGAUUAUGUGUGCUGUUGCAAUUGUCAAUAUUUUGUUUCCUAUUACAUGUGUAAACAAUUCCUUGUUCAUUUUAUAUGGUCACAUUUUUUUGUUUGGUUCCAGGUCACCUUAAUCUGCAGAUUUGAGAAUGAAAUGAAUAAAUUCCAUAAUUCACA